CCCAACGCCGCAUAUAAAUUGCGUGCAUUCUCCAUUCUCUCUCGCCCAAGACGCAAAGCAUAACCAGAUAACAUCCUCAUCCUCCUCCACUCUAGGGUUUCCUCUCUCUCUCUCUCUUCUCCUCCUCCGUCUCCAAUACCAUCAGGAAGUUGGCAGUUCAUUCUGCUACAUUGCAUUUCGUCAAAGUGGAGUGUGUGAAGUUUGUACCCUAUUUUAUGUCUGAACGGGCCUCUCUCUAUUGGUCGUCAAUCGGAUUGCUUGGUGAGUAUUGUCCUACUAGAAAAAAGUACAGAUUUACUGCUGGUGAAGUUGAAUGCAUCCAUCUUGGAUCAUUAGAAGGCAAUAACGCUCACUCUCUUGGUUGCCAUUUUAUGCAACCUGUUCCCUUUGCCGACUUAUCUGAUAAAGGAGCCCUUCUCCUAUAAUUCAUCAUCUCUGUCAUACCCUUGUUGAAGAUGGCUCUACAGAACAUUGGUGCUUCCAACCGUGAUGAUGCCUUCUACAGGUAUAAGAUGCCAAGGAUGAUAACUAAGAUUGAAGGUAGAGGAAAUGGCAUCAAGACUAAUGUGGUUAACAUGGUGGAAAUCGCAAAGGCCUUGGCUAGACCUGCUUCUUAUACCACCAAGUAUUUUGGCUGUGAGCUUGGAGCACAGUCAAAGUUCGAUGAGAAGACUGGAACUUCCCAUGUGAAUGGUGCUCAUGACACUGCAAAGCUUGCUGGACUUCUUGAGAACUUCAUUAAGAAAUAUGUGCAGUGCUAUGGCUGUGGGAACCCUGAAACUGAGAUUAUCAUCACUAAGACGCAGAUGCUCAAUCUCAAAUGUGCUGCAUGUGGGUUUGUGUCUGAUGUUGACAUGAGGGACAAGCUUACAACUUUUAUCCUCAAGAAUCCUCCAGAGCAGAAGAAGUCUGCCAAAGAAAAGAAAGCCAUGAGGAGGGCAGACAAAGAGCAGCUUAAGGAAGGGGAGGCUGCUGAUGAGGAGCAAAAGAAGCUUAAGAAGGAGGCAGCAAGAAAGAAAGGCACUUCUGGCUCCAAAGUAUCAAGCAAGAAGAAAACCACCGGUUCGGAUGAGGAUCACUCCCCUACUCGGAGCCACGGAGAUGUGAUUGACCAAGCCGCUGAAGACGAUGAUGAUGAUGUCCAGUGGCAGACAGACACAUCCAUAGAGGCAGCCAAGAAGCGAAUCGAGGAGCAGUUGAGUGCUGCUACUGCUGAUAUGGUCAUGCUUUCUACCACAGAAGAGAAGAAAAAAUCUCCACCAAAGUCUCCAGAGCGUGAAAAGAAAGCUGAGGCUAAGAGUGAGAAUGGUGCUGAUAAUGUCCAUGGGAAGCUUGUUGAUGAGAUCAAACAAUCCUUGAAAGCCGGGAGCAAUAGCAGUCAGCUCAAAACCCUUUUGGGUACUCUUUCUGGUACUCCCCAAGAGAAAAUGGAUGCCUUACUUGAAGCUCUCUUUGAAGGUGUUGGAAAGGGGUUCUCCAAGGAGGUGACCAAGAAGAUCAAGUACAUUUCUGAAGCAACUAUAGCCGAGGGCUCUCAGCUGACUUUGUUGCGUGGACUUGAGUCCUUCUGUGAUAAGGCGAACCCUGAUGCUACAAAGGAGGUGGCCUUGGUUUUGAAAUCACUGUAUGAUGAAGAUGUGCUGGAGGAAGAGUAUAUUAUGAAGUGGUAUCAGCAAGGCUUAAGCGGCAAGGCAAAAAGCUCCCAGAUUUGGAAGAACAUUAAGCCUUUCAUUGAGUGGCUCCAGAGUGCUGAGUCGGAGACAGAAGAGGAGUGAAUGGCAUAUCUAACAUGCUCGCUUGCAUUAUUUGCUGCUUGAUUACUAGUAUGGAGUAUUAGUUGUGUUUUCUUAUUUUAUUUCCUCUUGAAUAAUGAGGUAUUAGUUGUCUUUGUCUGGAAAUAAAGGGGGAGUUGAUGGGUUGGGCUUGUCUGGCCUGCCCCCUGUUAUGAAUUGCGUUUUUGUUUGAGAUGAACUUAUUUGUUCUUGUUAUAUGUUUCGAUAAUAAUGUUCAUACUUCAUUUUCAAA